AUGGCGCCCGGAGACAAGGCUAAGGCGAAGUUCUUCGCCAUCAUCGAAGACCCGAAGCGAUACGACACGACUUGCUACAAGAACAGGCCCAUGGCGACUCGAACCCCGUCCGGGGGUUCCGACUUGACGAACGUCGUCAGUCGCCGAGAGAGUACGAGCAGUACGGGCUCGAAUAACCAGCGGACCGGCGUUAGAAACAUGCUCAAGAACUGGAUGAAUCGUCCGGCAUACUGA